UCCUCUCAUUGCAUUAACAACUUGCGUCCACAUUAUAAUGUUCUCCUUUUAGCUUUUACAUAUUCUUUGCCUCCCCAGCACAACCAUCUCUGUCAUAUAUACAAAGAUAACCUCGUUGUGAACUGCAUUACCAGGGUAUGGAAGCGGAACACAGUAGCUCCUUGGAGUAUACGCCAACAUGGAUAGUUGCCCUUGUCUGCUCCAUCAUUGUUUUUAUAUCUUUAUGUGCUGAGCGAGCUCUUCAUCACCUUGGAAAGUUCUUGACGCAUAAGGGACAAGAUCAACUACAUGGAGCCUUGCAAAAAUUAAAGGAAGAACUGAUGCUUCUAGGGUUCAUUUCCCUUUUGUUAACGGUCUUUCAAGGUUCGAUAAGUCGUAUAUGCAUACCAUCUCAUCUUGCAUCUUCCAUGCUUCCAUGCAAGAGGGACACGGGUUCCUCAAAUGGUUCCGAACAUUACUCUCAUCGAGCUAUAAGAAAUCAACGACAGCUUCUGUCUGAAGAUACUAAUACAGGGCACUGUCUAAAUGAGGGAAAGGUUCCAUUGUUAUCAUUGGAAGCAUUACACCAACUGCACAUUUUCAUUUUUGUAUUGGCAGUUGUUCAUGUGAUCUUCUGUGUCACGACAAUGUUUCUUGGGGGAGCCAGGAUACGCCAGUGGAAGCUCUGGGAGGACACAAUUGCGCAUGAAACUUCACAGUCAAGGAGAGAUCCAACAAGGGGCAGUAGCACUCAUGCUCACAAGUUUCUCAAAGAUCAUGCAAUUGGAUAUUGGAAAAGGACAGCUGUUGUUAGUUGGAUGAUAUCAUUCUUCAAACAGUUUUAUGGCUCUCUUACCAAGUCAGACUACAUUGUACUGCGACAAGGAUUCAUCAAGGAGUACUGCCCUCAACUCCCUAAUUUUGAUUUUCACAAGUACAUGAUGCGGACACUUGAAGUUGAUUUCAAAAAAGUUGUAGGCAUAAGCUGGUACCUGUGGCUCUUUGUUGUGGUCUUUUUGCUGCUGAAUGUGGCAGGAUGGCACACAUAUUUUUGGUUGUCCUUUUUGCCAUUGAUUCUGCUACUCUUUGUGGGUGCCAAGCUAGAACACGUUAUUACACGUUUGGCUAUGGGAGUAGAAGAGAUGAAGAGAGAUGAUCAUGAAGCACAGCAGGUCACAGAUAUGGCGAGGAAGGAGGAAGAACAUGUAGCAGUAAGAGUGAAGCCUUCAGACGAUCACUUUUGGUUUCGUCGCCCUGCCAUUGUUCUCGACAUAAUACACUUCAUUUUGUUUCAGAACUCAUUUGAGAUUGCAUUCUUCUUCUGGAUCUUGAGCACAUACGGAUUCAACUCUUGCAUCAUGGAAAAAGUAGGUUACAUUGUAACAAGACUUAUUAUGGGGGUGAUUGUUCAAGUGCUAUGUAGCUACAGCACCUUGCCUUUGUAUGCUAUUGUGACCCAGAUGGGUGGCAAGAUCAAAAAAGGCUUCUUAGAUGAUGAAGUGGAAUCAUCUCUAAGAAAAUGGUUGGAAACACAAAGUCGCCCCUCUGAAGCAAGUCGGAUACAAAUGCAAACAAUGAAUAAAGAACUGACCCAAAUUGCUCAGAUUUCAGACCUAGCGACAAUUGCAAUUGAAGAAACUACAACAUCAGUAACUGAGCUCCCUUCGGAAUCCCAAUAGCCUUUUCCAAUGCUAUGUGGCAAUUUGAUUUCAGAUGGUAAAAGUUCACUUUAAAGAUGGGUCAUAAGUAAGAUUUUUUUCCUUUCAUUUUCAUU